CCCUGCUGGGUACCGGGUACUGGGAGCUGGGUGCUGAGUAACGAGUAAUGGAUUAGGGUGGCCGAUCCUUAAUGUCCACACUCCCCACAACACGUCAGUUAUACAACUCUCCUUUUAUUGAAGUUUGAUUGUUCCUUGAAUACCACGGCACGUCAAGUGAUUCCCGGCCGGUUAAUCCCUCGCCGAUGACGUAUUCCCCUAUUCCAUUUCCCGAGGGAGACUGGAUCCCAACUGAUUCCCGUUUCCCACAUCACCUCUAUCCACCCCCACACGGUCACACCCACCAACGUGGCUUAUUAUUGAGUGAUGCGGAUGGUGAGAUGAUGAAAUGGGUAAUGGAUGGUGAAGGGGCAGGCCGAGGGCAGACUUCAUUGUGAAAUGAAAUCUGAAUUGUACGAGUGGUAUGAACGGGUCAGAAGCAUGAUGCAUGCAGCCAAAUUAGUAAAAGGACUUGGGAGGAAUAAAUGUGCUAGCCAGAUCUCUAAAUGACUGCUUCUAUCCGGCACGAGUGAGGCAGACUGCUUCUAUCAGUGAGGCUGGUGAUUAUGAAACCAAGCAAAACCCUUUGCCUUGUUUCUUAAAGCUAAGCCAAAAAGGGGGCUGGGUCACUGCUGUGGCGUAUUCUGUGGUGAGAGUGAAUAAAUAGUGUAAGGCACUUACUUUUUGAGGUAUAUGGGGGUGAUGGGUUUUCCGUGUUUGUAAUGGGUUUGACUGUCGGUUGGGGGCAUUCCACUGCUGAUUGCUGACUCCCACCCUCAUAUGCUUUUCCCUUUCAUUUAUAUCAAAUAUCAAUCCUGAGGAGAUGGUGAUGGCGAUGGUGAUGAUGAUGAUGUGAAUGCCUCAGCUCCACCAUCACCGCUUCCCCCACCCACGCCUUUUUCUGUUCCUUUUUCUUUUCUCUUAUUUAUUAUAUUAUGAUACAAAACCCCCCAAACUCAACUGCUUUUUAGCCCAUUAAAAUAUCGAAUUAAACACAUACCCGAUGGAAAAGCAAGCAAAGCCCACCUCUUACCUGUUAGCCAGCCCCCCUAGGAAGAGGAGAUAUAUAUAUAUGUUUAGACAAAACUAGAGCAGACAACUUUGGGGAUUCGUUUCUGGGUCUGCUUUUGCCACCCUCUGCGAUUUCAUUUAUUAAGAUAGGAAGCGGGCAUUUCACCAAGAAAAGAAGAAGAACAAGAAACUAGGCAGCAACUUGGAAUUGCAGCAAUGGCCGUGCAGGCUCAAUAUCCUUCUUCUAAUACUUUCUGCAUUCGGAGCAAUCCCUUGGAGGAGAUUCAACAGUUGCAGAACAUGAACGGGACUCCAUUUGGCGGUUACCAGAAUUACGGCAUAGCCGGGCAGCAUAUAUUGAACGGAACAGUAUUCAGUGAACCAGAGAGCGAUUUGACUUGCAAUGCGUCCGGAUCCCGCAAGAGGACUAGAGAGAAUCAAAUGGUUGCUACCCUCAAAACUCACCAACUCCAUUACCAACACCAGCUUCUUCCAACGCCCUCUCCCCCUAACCUUCCCGCAGCCCCUACGGCAACAGCUGCCACUUCCGCAUCGCCCUUGCACAUGUUCCCUGAACUACCCAACAAUAGAUUGCAUGAUGAUGGCGCAGGAACUUCUGCCAGCGGAACAUCUUCCCUCUCCUCCAUCCCCCAACAGCUCUAUUCCUAUCUCUGCACCCACAAUCUAGACUUGGACACAUUCAUCCGACAUCAGAACCAGAAACUCAGAUUGAUAGUGGAGGAGACGCGAAAGAAACAUUGCAGAUCCUUGCUGUCGAUUAUUGAGCAGCAGUCUCUGAAGAGGCUGGAGGAGAAGGAAAUAGAGUUGGAAAACGUGAGCAGAGUAAACGUCCAUCUCCAAGAGAAGGUGAAGCAGAUAAGUGAGGAGAACCAGAUGUGGUUCAAUGCUGCAAAGAAUAGUGAAGCCAGGGUGUCGAGCCUGAGGUCGAGCCUAGAACAGAUGCUGGUCCAAAACGCGGGUCAGCAAGCAAUUGAAGGCUUUGGGGAGACGGAGGGAGUAGCGGAAGACGCAGAGUCGUGCUGCAACACAGAAACAGAAGAAGCGGAGACAAGGGUAAGAAGAGUGAACGUGGAGCUGAAACAACGGAAGACGUGCAAAUGUUGUGGAGGGGCAGAUAUCUCGGUACUUCUUCUGCCAUGUCGUCAUCUGUGCGUUUGCAAAGACUGUGAGAUGAGGGUGGAAUCAUGCCCCAUCUGCAACUCCGUCAAGAACGCCACCUUACGUGUCUUCAUGUCCUAGACUCCUGAAUAUGGAGAGAGAGAGAGAGAGAGAGCUCUGCUUUGUUGCGCCCCCACCACCCACAUUCCUAUUCCUAUUCCUAUUCCUGGCUUUCGACUUUCAAAUCAAAAAUUACAUGUAUCACUACUGUUCAACCACGUUAUAUGCCGUAUCCGUUUAUAACACUCUUUUGUGUUGCGUUGAUUCUCUUAUUA